CACUCAUCUCAUUCAUCCAUCUUUCAAACCUACACCUCCCCAUCCCACAUACCUUGGUAGGUAGACAGACUAUCUAUCCUAUCUUGCUUGCUACCCGGCCACCCUGUUCCCUUGGCUGCCGUCUCAACUCUCAACCUAUGAAAUCCACCAGAUUAUUUUAGAUCGCAUAAAUUAAGCUUUCUCAUCUAGUGCAUUGAAAUUGAAACAGUAACGGACGAAUAUCCCGACAUCGAUCUGAAAUAGGAAGCUCAUCUCAUCAACCCAUUAAUAUUCACACAAACAAUAAACAAUAUACACCAUUUCCGCCCGUAAAUUAUACUGAGUAAGUAACGGUCAGUGCAAUUCGAGAAACUUGACCAUUUAGCCUCUGCUUUCCUAAAUCUAUCAUAGUUCACCAAGAGAUAGGAUUGCUUGAUGCUUGCGAGCAUUAUCAAAUGAUCAGUCAGGAUAUCAUCAUCGAAUAAGAGUCAGACGUCAAGGAAACCAUUUUCAAAAGCACAUUUGGCAUCUCAUCAUAUCCAACCAUAUCUCCUUGCACAAUCUAUAAGUUUGCAACGAGUCGAUCUUGGUGUGGUCAUAAGGACAUAAACCUUCCUCUUUUCUCUUUAAAAUCCAUUCCACCUUCCAAGUUAGAGGUCCUUUUCUUUUAACGAAGAGUCGAUCAAAUGGAGAACAGCGACAAAUAUUUGCAUGGUCGAUUGGAUCCUGGUAUCGAAUCGACUUUGCAGUUGGUCGAGGGAGUGGAAAGUCCAGACAUGAGUAAAUUCUUUUCCUCCCAAGAAGUACCGUCCCCCAAGUCAUCUCAACCAAAAUGUGCUGUGUUCCAGGGUAUGUACUUUCUCUGUUGCAUUGUACUUGUUUGGUGUUCUUGGCUUCCGAGCUACAUCUUUCCUUUGAGGAAAAUGACAAGGUCGUUCCAAGGUCUUCUAAUUAAGCAUGGAUCAUCAUUCCGGUACCAAUUUUGAAGAAUGAUAGCUGAUAGUGAUGCUUCCCGACUUUAGCUAUCAGAUCUUCCAAUGGAACUCAACUCAACCUAACUCACCUUCCGGUUGAGCUUCUUCGUCAAAUUGCUUCAUAUCUUUCGCCCUGCGACUUGACGAAAUUAGGCAAAUCAUGUAAAAUAUUAUUUGAAGUGGCAAAAACUGAUUCCCUUUGGCGACGCCUCGUACAAGAGAACGUCCCCGGUGUCGACCUGGAUUCUCCUGCCCCAUGUCAGUCUUUUAAGGAGCUUUAUAAAUCCCAUGACCCUCAUUGGUUCCUUACGAAGAACAAGUUAUGGUUCAGCGAUUCUCGGAAUUACGGACAAAUAUUGAUCUCCAAGUACCACCCCGAGACUGGUUCUAUCGGAUUAUACAGACUCAUAACUGAGAAGUUACCACCUCAAUUUUGUGCGUGGAAGGACGAUAUUUCGGUCAUCGUUCAUUGUUUCGAACCUAGGGUAUAUUUGUCUCAGUAUUGUCUGCGAUUAGAUGUCAAUUCUUAUUCUCAUCGGUCCCUAUCGGGUAUGGGCGAGGCUGAGCGCAGGCUCAAGGGUGAGCUACCUUUGGUGAGGAGUGAUGAUCCUGGCUCUCGUGCCUUCACAAAUUUCAUACUGGCAAAAUCGUUGGGAGGUAAAAACCUCGCCAACGGACCGCAGGAGGGUAAAUGGCCACCACCGAACGUACCAGCAAAAUCUCGGGUAGAUCUUUCUGCCGUCUGUGAUCAGUCUUCUAGAGCUACAUGGGGCCGACCCGAAGAUCGUUCUCAAAUCAAUGAGCAAUCUUUUCGAACUAGAUUCUGGUUGGAGAUGAAUGGUCAGAUACGAAUGGGAGAAGAUAUCCAAACAUGGUCAACUCUUGACUUUGGAUUAUACACACCGACAGAGAAUAAGCCUUUCAGAGGUAUUUUUGUAAGUUGAUAUAAGUUUCAUAUUCAUUUCCUCUGUUCAUUUUAACUCUGGACUUUCACAUCAAUGCUCGCAACAAUCGAUCGGAAGGUUUGCCUACUUCAUUAAAUAUUUCAAUAUCCUAUUUAAUCCCGCAGCUUUUAUCACCUUUUCUUAAGUCUCUACCUAUCUACAAUUUAUAACUAUUUAUCACGUCUUAUCGAUGAAAAAUUGGUCAGGGUCUCUAACAUUGUGGAAUUCCCCCGAAACGAGAGAUUCUUGAUUCUCAAACUUAUUUCAUAUCCCGAUUUGUUCUAGGGCACUAAAUCCGGCUAGAUCAAAUCUACCUGAAAUGGUUCAAGUAGUAUCAAGAAUUCAUAGUUUCAUGAAUGUUGAAAGCCUCAAUUCCGAAUAUACAUACGCUAGGUUUAGCAAAUUUCGUCAAAGAAACAUCUCUCUAAUCACCUGCUGACUAAAAUCACAAUUCUAGGUCGGGGAUUAUUCAGGGCAUGGUUGUGAAUAUUUACUCCUAGAUCAACGAGAUGGAUUUCAGAAAAACGACGAACCAAAUAUAUUGGAGCGAAAAGACGAAACACCUGAAGCGUGGGAAGCAAAGAAAAGACAUGCAAGGAUUUACAAAGGCUCCCUGUGCGCUAUCAAAUUGACUGGAGAUCCAAACAUACCUCGAGGUCAAAUUUCCUGGAUCGCUGAUGAUAUUAGUGACAAAGGCUUAGUUCGUCAUGGGGAGCAAGCAUGGCCUGGUGCAAGAAUCGUAAAGAGCCGUGGUCAAAUUGCUAAUCAAGGAUAUCGAAACUGUAUUUAUUCCUUCUUCAGGAAUUCUAUAAGGCUCCAUACUGACUGAUGAUAGCUAAAUUCAUCGAAACGGAACUCAUAAUGAUUUCUCAUGAUGUAUUGGCACAACAUUGGUUACCUUUCGGACAUAUAUCAUUCUUUCACCGGGUUAAUAUUGAUGAUUUUAUUAAACCAGGGAUGGGAGAGACAAAACUUUGAGAAUAAAUGGGAGGAGGAAAGAGAUUCCAACUAUUUGGAAGAUGGAAGCAGAAGAUUUUAUUGAUCAAAUAAUACGGCACGUCAUGGACGGAAAAUCGCACACGAAAUUGAGCAUUCAAUACGGCAUUUAGGUAAGCCUGAAUGAAGUCUGAAGGAGUACUUGAGUGUCAAUCUGGAUGGGCAUGAAUGCUAUAAUCUGGGAAGAGAUUCAUCAUCAGGAAAUUCAGGGAGAUCGAAGGGUGUUUAUUGACAAGUUUGAUUGAUUGAUCAAGGAAAGGUACUGGCAGGAGUUUUAACAUGAUGGAUGGAUGCAUUAUAGGAUGGGAUGGGGGGAAUG